CGACUGUUCUUAUUCCCUAAAUACCUCAUCUAAUUUGCCACUGCAGUGAAAGCCUUUCCAAAAGAUGAUCCCACCAAACCAUGCAGGUUGACUGCUUUUGUUGGCUACAAGUCUGUGAUGACCCAUAUAGUUAGGGAGGUUGAGAAACCUGGAUCAAAGCUUCAUAAGAAGGAGACAUGUGAAGCUGUCACCAUCAUUGAAACUCCUCCAGUUGUUGUUGUUGGAGUGGUGGGCUAUGUUAAGACACCACGAGGUCUUUGCACACUGAAUACUGUUUGGGCUCAGCAUCUUAGUGAAGAUAUCAAGCGCCGGUUUUACAAGAACUGGUGCAAAUCAAAGAAGAAAGCUUUUACCAAAUAUACCAAGAAAUAUGAAACUGACGAAGGAAAGAAAGAUGUUCAAACUCAGCUUGAGAAAUUGAAAAAGUAUGCCACUGUCAUUCGUGUUCUUGCUCAUACUCAGAUAAGGAAGUUGAAGGGUCUAAAACAAAAGAAAGCUCAUUUGAUGGAGAUCCAAGUUAAUGGUGGAACAGUAAGCCAGAAGGUGGACUAUGCAUAUGAUUUCUUUGAAAAGCAAAUCCCUGUUGAUGCUGUUUUUCAAAAGGAUGAGAUGAUAGAUAUCAUUGGAGUGACCAAAGGUAAAGGUUAUGAAGGUGUGGUAACUCGUUGGGGUGUCACUCGCCUUCCACGAAAGACACACAGAGGUCUCAGGAAGGUUGCUUGUAUUGGUGCCUGGCACCCUGCUCGUGUUUCUUUCACAGUUGCCAGGGCUGGGCAGAAUGGAUAUCAUCAUCGUACUGAGUUGAAUAAGAAGAUCUACAAGGUUGGCAAGACUGACCAAGAGUCACAUACAGCCAUCACUGAAUUUGACAGGACUGAGAAGCAUAUUACGCCUAUGGGUGGAUUCCCUCAUUAUGGUAUUGUGAAGCAUGAUUAUCUUAUGAUCAAGGGAUGCUGUGUUGGACCAAAGAAGCGGGUUGUCACUCUUCGUCAGUCACUACUCAAGCAGACUUCUCGAUUGGCUCUUGAAGAGAUCAAUCUGAAGUUCAUUGACACGUCCUCCAAGUUUGGACAUGGCCGCUUCCAGACUAUGCAGGAGAAACAAAAGUUUUAUGGCCGGUUGAAGGCGUAAUUUAUUUUAUAAUUGUGACGUUUCUCAGUUCUGUUGGGAGCCUUUGCAAUCCAAUUUGGCAUCAAAAUAAGACAUUUAGUGAG